AUGGCAGCGCACAGUGUCUUCAGACCAGGCUUGUUUAACCACAAAGUUGCGAUAGUGACCGGUGGAGCGACUGGCAUUGGGAAAGCAAUAUCUUAUGAGCUUCUGGAACUUGGUUGUAAUGUGGUGAUUUCCAGCAGAAAAGCAGAUAGAUUGGAGACAGCUGCCCAGGAGAUGAGACAAAAAAUUCCAGCUUCCAGCCCAGCAUGCGUUACUCCUCUACCUUGUAACAUCCGCAACGAGGAUGAGGUGAAGGCACUUGUGUCUUCAGUGCUGAAGCAGUUCGGGCGCAUAGACUUUCUGGUAAACAACGGCGGUGGACAAUUCAGCAGUCCAGUAGAACACAUGUCUUCUAAAGGGUGGAAAGCUGUGAUCGACACGAACUUGAAUGGCACUUUUCACUGUUGCAAGGAGGUAUAUACCACAUGGAUGAAACAACAUGGAGGUGUGAUCGUUAACAUCAUUGCAGACAUGUGGAAAGGCUUUCCAGGCAUGGCCCACACAGGUGCUGCUAGGGCAGCGGUGGACAACUUAACAAAGAGCCUGGCAGUCGAGUGGGCCGCUUCCGGUGUGCGGAUCAACGCGGUUGCUCCAGGCACAAUUUUUUCUAAAACGGCAAUGGAGAAUUACAAAGAUCUUGGACCAACGCUUUUCAAGAUGUCUGUUCCAUUUAGUCCGGCAAAGAGACUCGGAUUGCCAGAAGAGAUCUCCUCUGUAGUUUGUUUCCUGCUUUCUCCUGCUGCCACUUACAUCUCUGGAGCCACACUGCGGGUUGAUGCGGGGCAGAGUCUGUACCACUCUAUGUGGGAGAUACCCAAUCAUAAGGCAUGGCCCGAAGGUCCAGAAGGGGAGAACCUGGAUGCGCUGAAGGACUUACUCCACCCUCAAAGCAAGCUGUAA